UGUUCUCUAUUUGAUUUAGGAAGGAACGAACAAUGCUUGAUCCCAUCCUCUCAAAGGAUGUGUUGAUAAUGCCUUGUAAAGGAAUGUUGAAGGCAUGUGCUAUGUCUCUGCCAGAUCUUUGGAACAGUCGCUGUUGCUUAAAUGAGAUUGAAGACUUUGAUCACUCAAUAGUAAAUACUACUUUAGGUGCAUGUGGUGAAUUACUGGCUCCAAAAGAGGGACCUUGUCUGCCCUUUCCUAUCUGGCAGUGUGGUGAGAUUAAGGAGCUCAGUGAGAUAUUUACUUUAUUGGAGUUUGAUUGCUCAAAACCAAUUAGUCCAUGUUAUGGACAAGUGCAGGUGAAAUUCACUGAGCCUGCGAUAUGCCAUGGGUUUGUCCUAUGGAUUGAUUGGGUGAUGGAUGCAGACAAUGCAAUUGUAUUGUCAACUGGGCCGGAUCACAGAUAUUGGAGGCAGGGGGUUAAGCUUCUGGCUAAGCCUGUAGCAGUUGGAAUACAAAGAUCAGAAUGCACAUCUGAAUCAGUUUCUGCCGUGGUUGAAGCAACGUUUAAUCCUGCCAGCGGUGAGCUCUUAAUCAAACACGUUUUCUCAUGAUUUCUGUGUUUUUAGGAGAGCCCUUGAGUUUUGAUCAUUUUUUCUGGCCGAGAGCCCUUGAGUUUUGACCAUUUUUUCUGGCCGCCCUAUUGAGUUUGAUUUAAUCUCUAAAUUAUCUUAUUUUUAUCCGAGUGAAAUUUCCAAUUACAGCUGCUAACUUGUGAAAAUUCUCUGUUUUAACAUUUUGGGACAUGUUUGCCGAGUGCUGCUACCACUCGGGCUUAUCAUCUCCUCCUUUAUAAUAAUAAUAAAAAAAAAAAAAGGAA